UCGACGUUUUGGCCAGUUUCGAAUCGACCUCAAACGGAGCAGGUUGCCUCCGUGUGGAGAGAAAUAAAUCGCGAUCGACCAUGCAGAACGACAAGUUUGCACCACCGCCGAUGGGCUUUGUUUCGGCACCACCACAGCCAGGAUAUCCCCAGUCAGGAUAUCCUCAGCCGGAUUACACACCAGCAGACACCUACGGAGGUCCUCCGCCACCACCACCUGAGCCGAAUCUGAACCAUCCCACCAGGGUGGAUCGCCCACGCGAAGGAUGUUUCAAGCGCAACCAAAAGAACAAGCCCCAAUCGAAUGCCGUGGGCUCAGCUGGUAUCAUCUUCAUCUCGGGAGGUAUGAACAUAGCGUGGGCUGUUGGCUUCCGAGGACCCAUCGCCUACUAUUCCACCAAGCACAACUACAUAGCCUGGUUCAUUGCGGCCAUUAUUGGAGCGCUGAUAAGCUGCGCUCUGGCCAACAAGGUGGCCAAGAAGUUUGUCCUGCUAUUUGCCUCCGUCCUGGUCGCCGUGGGUGGAUUGAUCAUUGCCUGCAGCCACAAUAAUGGACCUGCCACCGUUGCCGCUUGCUAUUUGGAUGGCCUGGCCAACGGUCUGAUUUUUGCUCCUUUUGUGGCCCUGGCUGGAGAGAUCGCUGUGCCCUAUAUGCGGGGUAAGGUCAGCGCCAGCUUGGAGCAGCUGUGCUUUGGCACCGGCAUCCUGCUGCAGAUCGUGUACGUCAGCUCCUGGACCUAUUCCACGUACACAUCGUACAAGGAUUUCACCGCCGAGAACAUGAAGGGAGUGCUGAGCGCCAUAUACGGAUUUAUGGCCCUGAUUUUGGGCUGGUUCAUGACCAUUGAGUCGCCGGUGCUGAUGCUGGUCAAUAACGACGAGCAGGGCGCCAUUGACGCACUGCGUCGACUGCAGAAACCCUCCGUGCUGAGCGAGGAAACCUACGAUCAGCUGGCGGAGCACAAGCGCUACUUGGCCCAAAACAAGGACAUGUCGUUGGGUCAGUCCAUUUCCCAGGCCCUGCCCACCUUCAUCCGGCUCGCCUAUCUGCGAGUCCUGAAUGCGAUGAGCCUGUCCAGCCAUGUGAUCAUCGCCUUGGCCCUGUCCAUCUACGCGUCGUAUGGACUUGCAAGUGCGCAGGGUUGGUACAUAGGAUUCGCCCUCUGCCGCUGGCUGGGCACUUUCAUCCCCUCCUGCUUUAUGGAGUCCCUGGGCCGCAAGAAUCCCACUGUGUUUGGCCUGCUCCUCUGCUGUGGAAUGUCCUUUGCCCUGGGCUCACAGUACGAUUUGUACACCCUGCUGAGCAAUGUGACCAUCCUGCUGAUGGUGUUCCAGUUCUUCGCGGGAAUGGCCUCCACGGCCACCUCAGCCUACCUCUCGGAGGCCUAUCCCCUGGGCGUCAAGCAGCACUUCAUCGCCUUCACCUUCGUCACCGAGAUGUUCGUCUUCCUCAUCAUCAGCGUGUGCGACUUCAACCUAAUGCAGGGAUACAACUACUUCUAUGUCAUGGGCGGCAUGUACCUGACUGGCUUCUUGCUGGGCAUCAUGACACUGCCCGAAACUAAAAUGCUGACCUUGCGAGGCGCCCAGCAGCGGUUCAGCAGUUUCGUCAACCUGCGUUUCAAUUAAUCAAAGACUCUUCCACUUAUACCAAAUUAAAUUGUACAAACGAAACUUAACACAUUUACAGUGCUCAAUAGAGUCUUAAAUUUCAUCACAAAACGAAUUCUUUUUUAAUGGACAAUACUUGUUGUGGGGGAAGUCCCAACGGGAAAACACUCUUGUAUUAAGGAAGGGAGAUCUAUAUGAAAUACCAUAUAAGUCCA